AGUGGGCGGUCCGUGCGCCGGGCACACAGCGCCGUUUGACACGUGAGCCUCAUGUGACGGAGGCAGGUCGGCCGGAGCGGCAGAAUGGGUUUAUUUAACGCCGACCUCCGUCCUCACCCACUUUCCUAAGCGCGCCGUCACCCGUUUGCCUUCCGCCGCGCCGCCUGUACGGCUGCAGAGACACACUGGGGAUUUGGUCUCACGUCGCGUUCGAGAGGAUCGGGAUGAGAGAAAGUUAAGAAACGUCGCCAGUUUUGUCGAUGAAAACACUUUCACGCGUUUUGAGCCAUUUCUACUUCCGUUCAGAGAACCCGUAAAUGCUCGCGCAGUAGCGUCCGCGCCUUGGAAUCGUACCUCUGCUUUGCGUAACUGGAGUAAAAAGGAAAAUGGAGCGAAUCCCGAGCGGGCAGCCUCCUCCUCUGCCCAAACACCAGACGGCAGAGCUCUCGGACAUGCAGGGGAUGGAUUUUCCCAUGUAUGUUUAUAAACCCAGGAGAGGACUCAAGAGAGGAGAGGAAAGCAAGGAAACCUACAAGCUGCCGCAUAGACUCAUCGAGAAGAAAAGGCGCGACCGGAUAAACGAGUGCAUCGCCCAGCUGAAGGAUUUACUGCCCGAGCAUCUGAAACUCACGACUCUGGGCCAUCUGGAGAAGGCUGUGGUGUUGGAGCUUACGCUCAAGCAUGUGAAAGCCCUCACGUCUCUUCUGGAGCAGCAGCAGCAGAAGAUCCUCGCUCUGCAGAACGGCAUGCAAAUCGAUCAAACCCCCGUCAGUCAGGAGAAGUCGGAAGAGAUGUUCCGCUCUGGCUUCCACAUAUGUGCCAAGGAGAUUCUGCAGUACCUAGCCAAUCAGGAGGCUGAAGGAGAGCUCAAGCCCCCGCACAUUAUCAACCACCUGCACAAAAUGGCCGCAGAAGUCCUUCAGGGCCCCCUCCGGCCCCGCACCCCCCCUAGCCCUUGUCCUGAGGAAGUCCCUGCCAACCACCAGCAUCAGGCCUACAAGGAAAUGCCCUCCAGCCUACCUCCCAAACCGGUGGAGGGCUAUGGAAGGAACUGUGUGCCUGUCAUCCAGCGGGCCUAUGCCCUGGUGAGUGGCGAGCAGAGCGGCAGCGACACAGAUACAGAUAGCGGCUACGGAGGUGAGCUGGAGAAGAGCGAGUCCAGGCCACCGCAGGGCCAGCCAGACUACUACAGCCAGGAGAGCCAACUGAAGAGAGCCCUUAGUGACAGGCAGGGCUCCGGCAUCAAGCAGGAAGGUGAUGAGCCACGCCCCAAGCGGCCCAGGGCGGAGUCCUCCGAGGACGAAUCGUUCUCAGGCGCAGAGUCGUCAAGCUCGUCGUCGUCCUCAAGCGGCCAUAGUAGCUACAUGAGUGUGUCACCCCACCAGCCACCGCCUCCGCAUCCCCUCUGCAUGCCGUUCUACCUCAUCCCACCCUCUGCUGCAGCGUACCUGCCUAUGCUGGAGAAAUGCUGGUACCCGGGGGCUAUGCCCAUCGUCUACCACGGGAUGGGAGGCUCUGCCCCAGCCAUACCCGGCGAAAGAGCUCCCCCUCCCCAGCUAAUGCUAUCCCCCAGAGGCGGCUCUCCGGCUCCCACCAUGUCUCAGACCCCCAUGGACUCCCCCGCCCUUCUGCAAGCGCUAAAGCAGGUACCGCCUCUCAACCUGGAAACCAAAGACUGAGGGGAUGUGAGACAAGAACAGUGCUGCAGAAAGUGGAACUGCUUGCGCGCACACACACACACACACACACACACACACACACACAAACCGAUCUGUAACCCAUCCUCGUUCCUCCCCUGUUCUUCAGCCGAGAGGUCAAAGAAAAGAAGAGAUGACUUCCAGAAAGCCUGAAGGAGGAGCGGAGGAGGGAUGCAGCAUCCAUCGUGUUGCAUUACGGCGCACAGCGGGGCUGAACUGGGCCCUCAGCGCUGCCUGAAUGUUUAGGACUCUUUUCUUCAGAGCGCAAACGCGUCUCACUCAGCUGGAUCUUCACAGCACACACACACACACACACACACACACACUCACUCACUCACUCGGUUGAAUGUAAAGGAGGACGUUUCUAGAUGCUGCCGAGGCACACAUCGUGACGACACCGCGGCGCGUCUCGGUCGUAGCUGUUGCCAUAGAGACGCCGUCUUCGUGCGAGUAGAGACGUACCAAACGUUAGCAGUAACCCUUCACUAGAUGUUCAUGCUGUCUGUGUGUCCUUGCUGACUGCUACCAUCACUGAACAUGUCCUUUGACCCAGCUCCCAAGAUGACUGGCACCCUUAACCGGAAGGCUCCACCCCCUGGUGGCUGUGGAGGCGGGGGCUGACGCGUGACCACGCCCGGAUGUGCGGCCAGUCGUCUGCUGACGGCUCCGGACAGCUGAAAGGGACUUCCUGUAAUUAUUGUGAAUAGUCUUGUUGUACAUCUCUAUUUUUGAUACCUGCCCCGGCACGUGGAGCACGUGGAGCACGUGCACAGACUGUAGCGUGGUGCUGGACCCGGUCUGCUUACCCCACUCCUCUUUCUGCUCCAGGCAAGCCUGGUGUUUGUUGAUGAUGAUGAUGUUGCCUUCUACUUGUAAGUCGGUGCAGCCCGGACGUGUGCUGCGCGGGCUCGGCGUGAGUCCCGGCGGGGCGAGCAGUGCCGUGAAUGUACCGUUGUACCAGGGGACUAGUUUUCUAGAGAGCGAGGUACUGAGAGUCUAUAUUUUGGGACCUAGCAGAGAGAUGUUUGUGUACAUAUUUUGUCUAUAUAUGUUGACAUACAGUAUGUAAGCCUAUUAAUAAAGUAUUUUUUCC